AUGGCAUCGAUUUUUACAUAUGAACCGGAACCCCCAAGGGUAGAAUCUCCAUGGUUGACUCCUACCGAUUCUCCCAAACCAUCAACACCUCUACCAUAUCCAAAAGCCCUACACUCUACCUCUGCUUCAAGUCAUAUUUCGGAAUAUGGAGUUACGAAGUUGGAGGCGGAACCACAGGAAGGUCCCACGGAGUAUAAAUUGCAUCUUUUGUUAAGACCAAGGAGGACUUAUAGUUCUUCGAGCACUGGCUCAAUCAUAUCCGGCUCUCAGCAGCACAAACAGCAACCCCUGAAUCAGGAGAAAGCUAGCCCCAUAUUGGCACCAUCCAAUCAAAGCAAACAAAAACGUCUAGAGCAGCUUACAACCCAGUUGCUGUGGCGCCUACAACAGUCGUCCCCAUACCACGCAUCAUCUACAAGUGAUCUUGUGUUACCGAAAUUGCCUGGCAGCGCAACGAGCUUAGAUGCUCCCUCGAGGCCUGGGAAGCUGCUAGCCGGGCUCGAGGAAAGUCGUGGAGCACUAUAUGAAAUUGGGGUCUCUGAUGAUGGCACAUUUGUUGGUCUAACGAGCGAUGAGCUGGACGAGAGUCUGAUAAAUCUCAGAGCUAUGGCGGCUAGUCUUGGCUGCAAUGUUGAGAUUGUUCGGAAGGUAGUUGUUGGGGAAUGUGAAUGGCAAGAGACAGAUGAGGCCACAAGAUCUCAAAUUCCGCAGCGAAUCAAGAAACAAAAGCCAUGGCUAGUCGUUCCUGAAGACCAGACGACAUCAAAAAAUCUCCGGCAUCGAGAGAAAUUGUGGGUCGCUGAAGCUUUGAUAACUCCAGAUCUCAGUUCCAAAAGAGCAAAAUCAAGAGGUUACGAUGAAGUCCCGGUCAGUCGCCAUGAUACCCCCCAGCCUAUGAUGAGCGAGUUUACCGAGACCUCUCUUCCCAAACAAGAGGAUACAACUGAACAGUUGCGCAUUACUCUCACCGGCCCCACCACAUCUGGCAAAUCAAGUCUUCUGGGAACCUUGUCUACCACAACGCUUGAUAACGGUAGAGGUAAAAGCAGACUCAGUCUACUCAAGCAUCGUCAUGAAAUUGCCACAGGAAUUACAAGUUCUGUGGCACAGGAAUUGAUUGGUUAUAAAGACUCACAGGUCAUAAACUAUGCUUCUGGCAAUGUUACUUCCUGGACGGAUAUCCAUGCCACAGCAGAAGACGGCCGGCUUCUCUUUGUUUCCGACUCUGCUGGUCAUCCGAGGUAUCGCAGGACAACAGUGCGAGGCUUGGUUGGCUGGGCGCCGCAUUGGACUGUUUUAUGUGUCGCAGCAGAUGACGCCGCUUCGAGCGGAGCCGGAAGUACUUCUUCAGCAACAGAAAUACUCGGCACGGCUGGGGCAGGAACUGAUCUAGCAAAGGCACAUCUAGAGCUUUGUUUGAAGUUAGACAAACCUUUGGCUGUCGUGAUCACCAAGCUUGAUCUUGCUUCAAAACCUAGUCUGGCCCUGACACUGUCGAAGCUUCUAUCUGCUAUCAAAACAACUGGGAGAACUCCUUCGAUACUUCCGCCAGAUCAAACUAAGAAUAUUGUUGAUGCAGAUCUGACUAGUAUACUUCCCAAGGAUACUGAUGCCGUUCGAAAAGUCAUCAAUACAAUGGCAAUGUCAGAUCUUAGGUCCAUAGUUCCUAUCGUUCUUACAAGUGCAGCGAAGGGAAGCGGUAUUCGCCAGCUUCACGCUCUUCUACAAGCUUUGCCGAUACCUACCCCGCCCACUCCUCAUGACUAUAUCGGCAUGGCACUCAAUCCAGAGCAACCUUCGUGCCUAUUCCACAUUGAAGAUGUUUUUGGAGUACCAGCGUUUUAUGAUUCUUUAGCCUCUAACAACAAUGGCAUCGAUGCGGGAAGUGUAGUUGCCGGUCAUCUUCGUUUCGGUAGACUGUCAAUUGGGGAUAGUGUUGUCGUCGGUCCUUUCCCAGCAGAUUCUUACGAGGAUGGUUCCCCUCAAUCUGAUCCUAGUUCUUCGCCCACCAGUCUAGGUACCUCACUCACUCAUCCUUCAGCAGCCGAACUUUCCAGGAUGGCCUCGCGGAAUACACCCAUUGCUUCAGCCACCAAAGGCGAAUGGCAAAAUGCGCAUAUAGUCAGUAUCCGUAAUCUCCGUCUCCCGGUCCACACGAUCGAAGCUGGUCAAGUAGGCACGAUAGGCAUUGUGUUCAAUUUUUCGGAAACACUAGAAGAACACUCAGAUAGUCCCUUGAAACGUUCUUCACAAUCUGCUCCUAGAAUUCGAAAAGGAAUGGUCAUGGCGGUACCAAGUAAACACGUGCUUCAAACUCGUCAUUCUCUCCAAGCAGCUAGUGGUUUUACUGCGUCGUUCGAUGAUGGCGACAUUAACUCUGUCACACCGGGCACAGUAGUGGUAAUCUACAUAGCUAGCGUGCGCGCCUCCGCCCGCGUCCUCAAACUAAAGCCGAACCUUCCUACUAAAGACAUACACACGGAUACGGGGACAGAAGACGUCGAUGAUGUUUUUGGUUUGGGCCUACUGGAUGGCGGAGACAUAUUUGAUCCAGGUGGAAAAAUGAAAGAUGAACCAUUCAUUUUUGGGACGGAUGGUAUUACAGAUGUUAGUUUUGAAUUGUUGACGUCUAGGGAAUGGAUAGAGUUGGGUAGUCAGGUUUUGGUCAUGCCCGGUGGCGGUCAUGGGCUGUAUGCGGGAAGUGAGAGAGGGGAGAAGGGAAUUGCUGGGUUAGAGGGGUUUGUGGGAAGAGUUGGAGAAGUUGUUGAUUAA